AUGUUAAAAGCAGGUUCAAAACCUAGCAUGGUCUAUGAGGCUAUUAGAAGUAAAGAUGGAACUCCAACUGCAACAAGAAAAGAUAUAUCCAAUUUAAGUACACAAAUUAAUUUUUUAGAAGAAACAAUGUCAAUAGCAGUAUUAAUAAAUAGUAUGGAAGAAAGGGGACGAAUUAAGCAUUUAUUUUUUUGUUAUAAGGAAUCUAUUAAAAAUACUAAAUGUUUUUCUGAAGUUAUUUUAAUUGAUGCAACAUAUAAAACCAAUGUUUACAAGUUGCUAUUUGUAAACUUUGUUGGUAUUAGUAACCUUGGAAUUAAUCGGUUACAUACUUUUGGCAUCACUGGUGCCUGGAUUUUAGAUGAAUCUGAAAAAUCAUAUGUCUGGAUUAUUGAACAUCUUGCUUCACUUAUUUUUUCUGAUAUUUUUCCUUCUGUAUUUGUUACAGACAAUGAUCUUGUACUUAUUGGUGCUCUUGGAAAAAUAUUUCCUAAAUCUGAACACCUUUUAUGCACUUGGCAUAUAAUGAAUAAUUUUAAAAAAAAUUUAAAAAAGCAUUUUAGUGACAUUUCAUUUGAUGAAGUUGUGAAGAUAAUAGACAACUUUAUUUAUUCGAGAGAUUAUGAUGCAUUAAAUGCUACGAUAAUAACUUAUAAGAAGCUGGCUUUAUCAAGUUCUAAUGAAA